AUGCAGGUUCCUGUCGCCAAGAAAGAAGUGAAAAGGCUGUUAUCGCUGUAUAUACCCGAGAAGAAACCAUUGGCCAUUUCUAUUUCGGCUCUAGGUGUCUCUACUUUUAUCACCAUGUGUGUGCCCUAUGGAAUGGGUAAGGUCAUUGACGUGGUGACAACAGGCUCAGCUGCUGCUAUGUCGUUGCCAACAGUAGUGGCGCUACUGGGGGGGCUCUUUACUACUGGAUCUAUUGCUAAUAUCAUUCGAGUCAACACUACCAACAUGAUUGGAGAAAGGAUUAUAAAUAGGUUAAGACAGGACACAUAUGCGUCAAUUUUACGGCAGGAGCUGAGCUUUUUUGACUCGUCAAGGACAGGUGAACUGCUAAACAGGCUGAGUGCAGAUACGACGCUGAUCGGUAAAGUGCUGAGUGACAAUGUGGCUGGCGGACUGCGUAGCUCUGGACAGGCGCUGGGUAGUAUCACGAUGAUAUUCAUCACGUGUCCGCAAUUAGCUGUAAUCAUGUUGUCAGUGGUCCCGCCAAUUGCACUUGGCGCAGUGAGCUAUGGCCGAUAUGUAAAAAAGCUGACCGCGGAAGUGCAGACUCAGCUGAGUGAAGCUACCGAAGUGGCCGAAGAGAAAUUAAGCAAUAUUCGUGUGCUGGCGCGUAAGCGCUCUCUUGCAAGUGCCACUUUCUUUGGCGGUGUAGAUUUUGGAGUUAAGCUGAGUAUGCUUGGUGUUCUUGGAUAUGGCGGACAAAUGGUGGUGGAUGGCCUGCUUACCAGUGGUGAACUGACUUCUUUCCUACUGUACACACUCUACGUUGGAUUUUCCUUUGCGGGUAUGUCGUCCUUCUACGCCGAAUUAAUGAAAGGCAUUGGAGCGUCCACGCGUGUGUUUGAGUUGCUGCAGCGUCAACCAAAGAUUCGGAUUCCUCAAGGAGGGUGGGCUCCUUUCCCGACUACAUUUGACGGCCAUAUUCGAUUCCAAGACGUUGAGUUUGCGUACCCUACUCGUCCAGACUCAAAGAUUUUCUGUGGCCUCGAUCUGGAGGUGCUGCCUAAUGAGACGUUAGCGCUCGUGGGCCCGAGUGGCUGCGGCAAGUCGUCGGUGAUGUCGCUACUUGCACGCUUUUACGAGUUAGAUGGCCCUGGGUGCGGCGGCAAAAUUUUGAUGAAUGGUGUGGACAUCUCCACUGUGAAUCCGACGGAACUCCGCGGUCUAAUGGGUGCUGUUCCGCAGGAGCCACCUCUUUUUGCGUGCUCUAUCCGGGAAAACAUCGCCUACGGCUGCUUUGAAGGACAAGAAGCAACUAUGGAGGACGUCAUUUGCGCAGCUAAACUAGCAAACGCACACGACUUUAUCAUGUCUUUCCCAGAUGGAUAUGAUACGAUUGUCGGAGAGCGGGGUCAGGCGCUCUCAGGUGGCCAAAAGCAGCGCGUGGCUAUUGCGCGCGCGCUUGUGAAGCGUCCAAAGAUCCUCAUCCUGGAUGAAGCAACUUCAGCUCUUGACCCAGAAAGUGAGAAACUUGUGCAAGACGCAGUGAAUCGCGCCAAGCAAGGGCGCACAGUGAUUUUGGUGGCACAUCGACUAUCCACCAUUAAAAGUGCUGACCGUAUUGCUGUAAUAUCAGACGGUCGCGUUGUGGAGCACGGCACCUUUACCCAUUUGGCUGCUCGUGAGGAUAGCGCAUUUACACAGGUAAUCCUAAACGGGCAAUAG